GAUAAGAUGGCAGUGCAUUUAUUAGAAGACUGGUGUAAGGGGAAGUGUAUAGAUCCUAAGAAAUCUUUUCUAGUAACAAGAAUACCAGAGGGGCAUAAUGAAGAGACAGUGGCUAGUGCUUUACAGACCUUUGAGGGUGUGAAGGAGUGUAAAGUUAAUGGGAUUAUAUUCAGAAGGGAGGACAAUGCUUAUGCUGCAUUGUGUGAGUUGAAAGUGUCAGUUGACACUUUACAAAUCCCAGGUGAGGUUGAAAUAGAGAAUAGAGCCUGGAAAUUAAUAACUAGUUCAAGUUAUUUGUCUAGUUCUUCAGAGGUAGAAUUUUUGAAGAAAAUGACCUGUUUCUUGGAGAAAGAAGGGAAAACCAUGAAGGACAUUCCAGGUCUACUAGGCAUUACUCCUACUAUAUCAACUCCAAAUAUUGCUGUUUCUCCUGAAGUAUGGACUCAAGCAUUUGGAAAAGCACUGGAAAAUGUUAUUCAUCCUCACCCUGAAUCCAUUCCAUACUGGAAGUUAAGUCUCUUCUCAGGGGGCAGUGUACAAAUACCUGGGGAAGAAGGUUUUGAGAAGUGGUUUGAGAAUGCCUCAGAGAUGCUGCAAGAAUGGCAAGUGUCAGAUGGGGAAAAGCGUAGAUGUGUCAUAAUAGAGAGUCUCAGAGGGCCUGCCCUAGAUGUGAUCCGUACUCUGAAGAUCAAUUGCCUAAAGUCAGUGCCUCAGAUUGUGUGA